UCAUAUUUUGACAUUGUAUUUUGUAGAGGUCCUGUGAUAAAAAUGGCUAGCGGUGCUACUAAAAGAAUAGCAGCAUCUGCGGUGGACUGGGCUCGCUAUGCAGCUGUAGUACCGAAAGCUCAGACUGAAUCUCUUAGAAUAAUAAAAGCUAAGCAUGAUACAUUUAUAAAUAAAGUGUACUCAUUGCCAGAAAGUCUACCCAAGAUCAAUUUCGCUUCUUACAAAAACAGGCUUCCAGAUCCAACCAUGGCUGAUAGGUUUCAGAAGGCUUAUGAAGCAUUGAGUGUGCCAUACCCUAAAGACAAGGACAACUUGCUUCAAAAAGUGGAAGAGGAGAAUCAAGAAAUAGAAAAGAAAACGAAGGCCUAUGUUGCUGAGCUAAGCAAGACUAUUGCAUCAAGCAAACUGUUUCUUGAAAAGAUUAACUCACUUCCGAAACCUGAUGAGUUUACCCCAGACAUGUAUUCAUACUACUUCCCUGACACUGCGUUGGACCCAGCCAAACCUUCCAUUUGGCCACACAAACCAGAAGAACAACCUAGCAAUCCAAAUUUUGAAUAUAUAAAGUAAUGCUGGUAAACAUAGUGCUCUAAGAUGAUUAGCUAUAGUACAUACAGUAAUUGAUCAUGGCCACAGUAAAAGGCACCACUGGUUUAAUGUCAGUGUCCAAUUCAAAUUACUUCAUAAAAUUAUUUUUUUUUAAUAAACUUUGUUUAUUAAAGGAAAGAA